ACCGCCUUAAAAUAUAUCGUAUCCAAGUCAAGAUAGCCCAAAACGAGGGCGCGAUCCCAAAUUUUUCUCCCCCUCUCCCGCUCUCUUCUUGACCCUAACCGAACCAAACCCUAACCCGACCCUAACCCUGGUUAUCGAUUUCCAAGGCGGCCCAUCCGAUCUCUCUCCGUCUCUUCCCCCGUGUUUCUGAAACCCUAACCCUAGCGGGAGCCGAUAUCCAUAACCCUAACGCUUGAUCUUAUCUUUUGUUAAUUUAUUUUGUUAUUCCCACUUCAAUCUCCUUCACCUAAUCCUAGUUCUAUUUGGAGCCGAUCAACGGCGCCGUUCUUGCUGGAAUCGCGAGAUCCGGCCGUGGCCUCGACGGGAUCCGACGCCAUGGUGGUGAACAGGCGGCCGGUGAAGCGGGCGAAGAGAAGGGUGACGGCAGAUCUGUGCGAUUUUCUGAAUUUUCCGGCCCCCGGCGACGGGAUCUCCGAUGGCCUCGACGGGCCGUUCCGCGUGAGCGUCCGGGAGUUUCUAGUGCGGCACGCCCGGCUGCCGCCGCCAUCGUCGAUCUUGUUGCCCUCCGCGGUCGCCUCGCCGCAUCUGAUACCCUGGCGGAUCACGUUGCGGGUGGGUGAUUUAGAAGGCGCUGUCGUCGAGCUUAACGUUGUAGAAGAGGACGUGUUGCGAUCAAAAUCGAUCUACUGCGAUCACUGUAGAAUUGUAGGGUGGAGUGGCCACCCCGUCUGUGGAAAGCGUUACCAUUUUAUAAUCCGAAAUGAUAGCAAGUCAUCAUGUGGUUGUCGCCAGACUUGUAUGCAUUGCGAAACCUUGUUGCCCUUGCCCGACACAAGGUGUAUUAAAUGCAAAUAUGAGAUGAGAGGUGAAGAUCUAGAAGACUGGCCAUAUGUACGGUUGGAAGAUUCUACUCAUUUGCUGCAUGGUGUAGUGCAUGCAAAUGGUUAUGGCCACCUUCUCAGAGUUAAUGGCCGAGAAGGUGGUUCAAAAUAUUUGACUGGAUGUGAUAUAAUGGGUUUUUGGGAUCGCAUAUGCAAAAUGCUCCAUGUCAGAAAGGUCAGCGUUUUGGAUAUAUCUAAAAAAUAUGGAAUGGAGUAUCGGCUCCUCCAUGCUGUAACCGCUGGCCGUCCCUGGUAUGGGGAUUGGGGAUACAGAUUUGGUGCUGGUAGCUUUGCCCUCACUGCAGUGGCCUAUCAGAAAGCUGUGGAAACCCUCUCUAAUAUCCCGCUGUCCGUCUUCUUCUGUCAUGCCCGAUCUCCUCGCACCCCAUUGCAGAAUGUGAUUGCACUAUAUCGGUCCAUGUCUGACCAUCAAUUAGUCACAGUAGGAAAUCUCUUCUGCUAUGUGACGCGUCUGCUUCAUGAAUCUCGCGAACAAAGAAAGCCUGAAAAUCCUUUGAGCAAAUGGGCUGAAGCCACCUCAGGCGUGUCGGGUACAUGGACGAAUGAAGAUGUUGAACGAGCAGAGAAGGCUAUGGUCAAGGUUCUACGAGCCGUUGGGGGUUCCAAGUGGGUGACAUGGCGUGCCCUCAGAGGAGCCACAUUUCAGGCAAUAAAAUCCCCAGAGCUGCUUGACCAUUGCCUCAAGGAACUGGGCGGUAAGGCAAUCGGCGAUGGCACGGUUGUUGCAGCCCGACGAAAUGCUGAAACAAGUGCAAUUGAGUACAGGCUUGAGGCAGCUUCAAACCAGACAAUGACCACCAGAUACUUGUCCAGGCCAUCUGCUGAUCAGCUUCUCCAGGACCUCAAAUUCCUGUAUGAUGCUCUUCUUAGUCCUGCGACCAUGCAAUCCUACAGGCCACAAGCCACAGAGGAGGCUGCCUCCAGCUCAGCGUCAAAGCUCCUAGACUGCAAGCAGUUCAUAAAGCAUUAUGAUGAACCUGCAUCUAAUCAGUUACCGUCUGGUCAAUCUAUGCUGCCGAUCUGGUGUCAUGUUGAGUUGAUUGAUCACCCAAAGGGCUACACUACUCCCCCGCCAGAGCUGCUGAUUUUGCCAAUGACUGCCACUAUAGCUGAUCUUAAGCAACAAGCAACAAGAGCUUUUCAGGAGACUUACCUCAUCUUUCAAAGAUUCCAGGCUGAACAGUUAAUAUUAGACCGUGGAGAUGUUAGUGACUUUGCUCUUGUCAGGCAUAUACUUGGCUUAAAUGAGAUUGCUAGGAUUAGAGGAACAUGUUCAGGAGUUGACCAAAGAUUCGGGCAGUUCCGAAUGGAGAGGGGAUUGGAGAACUGGAUUGUGGACUGUGAUUGUGGUGCGAAGGAUGAUGAUGGUGAGAGGAUGAUGGCCUGUGAUGCCUGUGGGGUCUGGCAGCAUACAAGGUGUGCUGGGAUCAGCGACCAUGAUGAAGUACCAGCAAAAUAUGUUUGUAGGAAGUGCAUUCGCUUCCGCAAGUCCAAAGGCCGCAGUGGUGGGCCAAUGAAAAGGAACUCCUCUGGUGGGAUGUGCAAGGAUGAAACAGAACCUUCUAAAUCUGGUAGAUUUGGUAGCCUGACAACUGUGAGGUGAAGAUAUGUCUGUCAUUGUAAAUUUUAGCGUAUGUACAUAGAGUAGCCUAGGAUGAGAGAUGAUGACUAAAGUCUCUGCUCUGGCCUUCUUGUAGUAAGUUUCAAGGCCAUUGUCGAAACAUUUUGUUUCUCCUUAAUGAAGAAGCUAAUCUUUCCUGUAAAA